AUGUCCUUUUUUUCAAACGUGCUCUUUGGUGGUGUCAAGGAAAGUGAUGACCCCACAGGACUAUCGGGAAAUGUCCAAGCUAAUGAAGCUGUAAAUGAACCAAUAGUAGAAGGUGUCUUCCACCCAAGAACAUUAUACAAGUUCAACGGUCAUGAUGAUGAAAAGAUAUUUAUUGCUGUCUUGGGAAAAGUUUAUGAUUGUUCAGCAGGUAGAUCUUUUUACGGACCAAGUGGCCCAUAUUCCAAUUUCGCUGGUAGAGAUGCGUCUAGAGGUUUGGGUCUAAACUCCUUCGAUAUGGAAUGUGUAAGAGAUUGGGACCAACCUAUUGAUGAUUUGUCUGAUUUGCCACCAAAGGCAGUUGAUGCUGCAAGAGAAUGGCAAGAUUAUUUUGCAAAGAAGUAUCCGUGUAUUGGUACUCUUGAACCUGAAGCAGGUGUGAAUUAUUAG